AUGACAAUCCUUAUUACCUGCAAUGAUAUGGUCUUUGUUAAUACCUUCAAAGCCUUUCUUGAUCAAAAGUUUAAACUUAAAGAUUUUGGACCAUUGAAGUAUUUUUUGGGCCUUGAAAUCACAAGGAAUACAUCUGGCAUUUCUUUAUCCCAAAGAAAAUAUGCUUUAGAUAUCCUCUCUGAUACUGGUUUUCUUGGUUAUAAAUCAGUUAAAACACCUAUGGAACAACAUCUAAAGCUGUCCAGAACAGAUGGUGUUCUUCUUGAUGAUCCCAAAUCUUAUAGAAGAGUUCUUCAGUACAUCAAAGAUUCACCUGGUCAAGGCCUCUUUUUUCCUUCCACUUCAGAUUUAAAACUCAAUGCAUUUGCUGACUCUGACUGGACAGGGUGUCAAGACACCAGAUGGUCCAUCAUAGGUUUUUGCAUAUUCCUUGGAAGCUCUCUCAUCUCUUGGAAAUCCAAGAAACAAUCUAUGGUUUCAAGGUCAUCAGCUGAGGCUAAAUAUAGAGCUCUUGCUAAUACAGUUUCUGAAAUAGUUUGGCUUCUAUCCUUGAUACAAGAUUUACAAGUCUCUCAUACCAGUGCAGCUGCUUUGUAA